AUGUGCCAUUUUAUUUUCACUAAUUCAGUUGAGUUGAUUUUUCCGUUACAUGGUGUUCCUCUAGUUCAAGCAAGGGUCUUGGAAGGCUCGAGAGCUCAUGUAGAGGAAGUCGAGCAGAGGCAAGCUUCAAAAGAGACGCUUACAAAUGAGCUGGCCCAAGAUGAUAAUGUGGUAGAGGAUGUAAAGGAGAAGGAAAGAGCUGAAGAGCAGGAAGAUGUGGAAAAAAAAAAAGAGCAAGGUGGUGUCACUCAUGCAGAGGAAGUCGCCCAGAGGCUGGCUUCAAAAGAUCGACACACUUAUAUAUAA